UCGUGUGGACAUACGUUGCUUGUUUCUAGGAGCUUACCGUGUUGUAGGACACACACUGUGUUCACUGCAGAGGAUCAACGUGGACUUCAAACUAGUCAUGUUCUACAUAUUUGCACAGUUUUAGAUAAGCAAUAUUCUCGGAAUUUAUUUCUAUAUCUGCGGUCCUGCACACCUGGAGACGCCAUUAUAGACAGUAGCUAGCUAGAUUGACCAGUUAGCUCACUUAUAUGACUGCUCGCCAGUAAGCUGCUUGUGUAAGUCGCAAAAAAGUUGCUGCUUUGUCGAGCAAAAAAGACCUUUUUCUCGUUAACUUUAAAAUCUGGAAUUAGCCACGUUAGCCCUGUCGUCUGCUUCGUUUUUGGCAACAAUGAGCUGCGCAAAGGAAGAGACUCGGAGUGCGUCCCCUCACUGCCCCAAACCGGAUGAAUCCGAGGAGCCGCUGGGCACAGCCAUGGAGACUGGAGCUGCAGAGGAUGUCGGUGUGAAAUCUGAGAAUAUGAAGUCUGAAGUGCUCAUCACUAAGGAAAUGGAGGAGGAAGAGAAGCAGCUGAUGGAGGAAGGGGAGAGGAAAGAAAAGGAGAUGAUGGAAAAGGCCCGGGAAUCAUUGGAGAGGGAUUCCCAUGACAUGCGGUUCAAGAGGCUGCAGCAUCUGCUUCAGAAGAGCAACAUCUACUCUAAGUUCCUGCUGACUAAAAUGGAGCAACAGCAGAAUGAGGAGAAACUCAGGAAGGAGAAACUUGAAAAGAAGGUCAAGAAGAUGCCGAACACAACUACUGCAGAGCCUGAGAAAGAUAAAAAGAAGAGAAGGAGGGAUGAGGACUACAAAAUAGCAGAUGUCAUGUCAAAAGAAGAAAUUAUGUCGCAAGCUAAGAAAGCUAAAGUGGAGGAAGCGGACGAGGCACCGACCCAGAAGAAGCUUGAAGCUGAGGACAUCGAGAAGAUGAGUGAUUCCAACGAAGACAUCAAGAACCGCCUGUCGGAGACGGUGCGGGACAACGCCAAGCAUCUCCUGCAUCCAAGCAGGAAGGUGAACGGCCAGCCAAUCCCCGCCCAGCAGCCGCAGCACUUCACUGGAGGGGUCAUGAGGUGGUACCAGAUUGAAGGCAUCGAGUGGCUGAGGAUGCUGUGGGAGAACGGCAUCAACGGGAUCCUCGCUGAUGAGAUGGGACUGGGAAAGACCAUCCAGUGCAUUGCUCACGUUGCCAUGAUGAUAGAAAAGAAAGUGAUGGGCCCCUUCCUGGUGGUGGCCCCUCUCUCCACUCUGCCCAACUGGAUCAACGAAUUCAAGCGCUUCACACCAGAGGUAUCUGUGCUGCUUUACCAUGGCCCCCAGCCAGAGAGGGCCAAGCUACUGAAGCAGAUCCGCAGGCCUCAGGGGCCCCUCAACAUGUGUCCUGUGGUCAUCACCUCCUUUGAGAUCUCCAUGAUCGACAGAAAGUUCCUACAGCACUACCAGUGGAAGUACCUGAUCGUGGACGAAGGGCACAGGAUCAAAAACCUCAACUGCCGGCUGGUGCGGGAGCUGAAGAUGCUGCCCACUGACAACAAGCUGCUGCUGACUGGCACGCCGCUGCAGAACAACCUGGCUGAGCUCUGGUCCCUCCUCAACUUCCUCCUGCCAGAGGUCUUUGAUGACCUCAAGAGCUUUGAGUCGUGGUUUGACAUCGACACCCUCGGCGAGGCUGAGAACGUGGUGGCUGCUGAGCGCGAGCAGAACAUCUUGAGCAUGUUGCACCAGAUUCUGACUCCGUUCCUGCUGAGGAGGCUGAAGUCAGAUGUGACGCUGGAGGUUCCUCCUAAGAAGGAGAUCAUCGUUUAUGCUCCUCUGACAGCCAAACAGGAGUCCUUUUACACUGCUGUGGUCAACAAAACCAUCGGCAAGAUGCUGGGCCAGGAAAAGGUGGAGGCUCCUGUAGAUUUGACAUCAAGUGGCAGGCCGAAGCGUCGCAGUCGAAAGGUGGUGGACUACGGAGAAACCGAUACAGAGACCCCGCGUGACCUGGAGAAAUAUCUGGAGAGGGUCCGUAAGGAGCUUGAGCAGAGCGCCCCUCCAGUGCUGGAUGUCCAGAGCCCGCUGGAUGCCCAGAUCAACCUGAAGCUGCAGAACAUCCUCAUGCUGCUAAAGAGAUGCUGCAACCACCCCUACCUGGUGGAGUACCCCCUCGACCCUGCCACACAGGAGUUCAAGAUUGAUGAACAGCUGGUGCAGAGCUCUGGGAAGUUUCUCAUACUGGACGCACUGCUGCCUGCACUGAAAAAAAGGGGACAUAAGGUUCUGAUCUUCAGUCAGAUGACAUCAAUCUUGGAUAUUUUGAUGGAUUACUGCUAUUUGCGGGGCUUCCAGUAUAGCCGACUGGAUGGCAGCAUGUCCUACGCCGACAGAGACGAAAAUAUGACCAAGUUUUCCAAAGAUCCAGAGGUGUUCCUGUUCCUGCUGAGCACCAGAGCAGGAGGACUUGGGAUCAACCUGACAGCUGCUGACACCGUCAUCAUCUUCGACAGUGACUGGAACCCCCAGGCAGACCUGCAGGCUCAGGACCGCUGUCACCGCAUCGGGCAAACCAAACCAGUGGUGGUGUACCGCCUGGUCACAGCCAACACCAUCGACCAGAAGAUCCUGGAGAGGGCCUCGGCCAAGAGGAAGCUGGAGCAGAUGGUCAUCCACAAGAAUAAGUUCAAAGGCGGGAGGGCAGAGCUGAACCAAAGUAAAAGCUGCAUUGAUCUGGAUGAGCUGAUGGAGCUGCUGAAAGCCAGAGGAACUGAGAAGGAAGUGAAAGCCUCCAGGGGGAAGGUGAUCAGCGACAAGGACCUGGAGGUUUUGCUGGAUCGCAGUGACUUGCUGGACAACGACAAGGGGAGCAAGAAGAAGGAGAAAGUGGGAGUCUUCAGAGUGAUCGAUGCCAAAGAGUCAUCAGAGAUCACGUUGACCUGAGAGCGCUUGAAAUAUUCAGAUAUGAACUUGUGACCACAGUCCUUCUGCUGCAUCCGGAUGGCUCCCAACCGGUGUUUCUGGUAGCAAAAACGUAAAGGAAACAUCCUGAAACUACUGUUUGUAGACUUUGAAUAGUUUGUUGUUUUUUUCUCUUUUACUUUCUUUACUGCCUUGAUAGUACUGUUUAUGCUUCUUUGUUGUACUGUUUUUGUGUUGAACAUAGUCUGUGGUGUUUAACCACUGAACCUUUUUAAGAUUUUACUGUCAGUGGGGUGUUUGAAGGAUGUCAGUGACAUUUUGAGAUUUGAUUCAGUCUACCCAUUCUUCAGCUUAUUUUCUCCCUCGAGCACUAGAACAUUCCAGUGAAACGCACAACUCAAAGUUAUUUUUGUUCUACCUUCACUCACACUGCCCUGACUGUUAACAUGCACAGGGUCUAUGCAUCUGUUCAACGAGACAAAGCUAUAGAGACACGGUCCAGUCAGGUUAGUUCUCAGAUUGUCAUUACCAAUGUUGUAAUCAAAGCACUUUCAUGUUCUUCCAUGUCUUUUUAUAUAAAUAAACUAUGAUUUGA